AUUUUUCGCCAUCGGAGGAGAAAGAUUUAGCGGGUGCAAAACAAGACAUCUGUCUAUUUUUGUCUGUGUGUCUGUCUAUUUUGCACGUUCUGCUUUGAUUCUACUGAGAAGAAUAGUAAUUCAAUAUGAUGAAUACAUUUGUGGAGAAUGUGAGAAAGAAGUUGAAAGGUUCAGCAAAAGGUGCUGCUAAGACAGAGAAACCGAAAGAUGGAACUAAGUCUGCAAAACCUAAAGCAAAGAAAUUGAAAAAGUCAAAAAAGAAAGUUCAAGAAGCGCAAGACUUUAAACCCGGAACAGUUUAUAUUGGGCACAUACCACAUGGCUUUUAUGAAAAAGAACUUUUGAAUUAUUUCAGACAAUUUGGGAGGGUCCUUCGUAUGCGUCUAGCCAGAAGCUCCAAAACUGGAAGGUCAAAGGGUUUUGCUUUCAUAGAAUUUGAGUCAGAAGAAGUUGCAAAAACUGUUGCUGAAGCAAUGAACAACUAUUUGUUUUUUGAAAAAUUAUUGAAAUGUGAAUUUGUCCCUCAAGAUAAAUUGCAUCCUGAUACUUUCAGUGGUUGGAAGAAGAGAAUGCCUUUGAGGUGCGAUAAAAAUCGCUGGAGACAAAAUCGAAUGAGAUCAGCUGAAGAUAUGGAGAAAAGUAAAGCCAGAAGAAUUAAAAGACUGAAAAAACUAAAAGCUACGCUCAAAGAGCAAGGAUUUGCGCUUAAAAUAAAUCCCUUUAUUCCUAAAGCAAGUGAAUAAACAAAGUACCUAUAUCUUU